UCUCAAGCCCAACACAGAACAAAAAUAUGGAAAAUAAUGGAAAUCGUCUUGAGUGUCUGACUGGAGUGUAUAUUAGUAUAUAGCGAAACUGCAAAAGAGUUCUUAAAAGUAAAUUCCUUUUUUUAACUAAGCCUAAAACCCCAACAUCCCUCGAUCUAGCGUUUAAUUUCCUCAGACUCUGCUUUGAUUAGGCAGUUGGGAUCGAAGGGAACCAAAACGACAACAAUGGCGUCAUCGUCGAGCAGUGGUUUAACGUUCAAGCUGCACCCGCUCGUUAUAGUUAACAUAUCGGAUCACUACACUCGGGUCAAGUCUCAGAUGAACCCUCCCGUUACUUCAAAUAACAACAGCAACGGUAGCGGAGUCGCUCCAGCUCAAGCACCGCCACCGAGAGUCUACGGAUGUGUUAUAGGAGUGCAGAGAGGGCGCACUGUCGAGAUCUUUAAUAGUUUUGAGCUUCUUUAUGAUCCCAUCAGUCAUUCCCUCGACCGCCCUUUUCUUGAGAAGAAGCAAGAGCUUUAUAAAAAGGUUUUUCCUCACUUUUAUAUAUUGGGAUGGUAUUCGACUGGAAGUGAUGCUGAGGAAUCUGAUAUGCAUAUUCACAAGGCUUUGAUGGAUAUUAAUGAAAGUCCCGUUUAUGUUCUAUUGAAUCCUUCAAUCAAUCCAGCUCAGAAGGAUCUGCCUGUGACUAUUUAUGAAAGUGAACUGCACGUUAUUGAUGGCAUUCCACAGCUCAUCUUUGUUCGAUCAAGUUACACAAUUGAGACAGUGGAAGCUGAACGUAUCUCAGUUGAUCAUGUGGCACACCUUAAGCCAUCUGAUGGAGGCUCUGCAGCAACUCAAUUGGCUGCCCACCUUACUGGCAUACAUAGUGCUAUCAAGAUGUUGAAUAGCAGAAUUAGGGUGCUUCAUCACUAUCUUGCUGCAAUGCAGAAAGGUGAAAUUCCUUGUGAGAACUCCUUAUUGAGACAAGUAUCAAGCCUUUUAAGAAGACUGCCAGCCAUUGAAUCAGAAAAAUUUCAAGAUGAUUUCUUGAUGGAAUACAAUGAUACAUUAUUGAUCACUUACCUUGCCAUGUUCACAAACUGCUCAAGCACAAUGAACGAGCUAGUUGACAAAUUCAACACUGCCUAUGACAGGCACAGUCGAAGGGGUGGACGAACUGCUUUUAUCUGAAAAAUUGCCAGCUCUUAUAUGACAGUUAAUGCUGCUGAUUUCAUUACCUUUCGAGGACUGAUUGCUUCUUCUUUCUUUCUUUUUUUUUUUUUUUUUUUUUUUUU